AUGGGUGCCGGACAAUCUCAGCCACUUGCGUUGUCACCAGAGCCGCAGGCGAGCCCAGAGGAGCGAGCACAGGCGCAAGAAGAGAUGCGCGCAAAGCAGCAGGCUGCAUUGGACAAGCGCCUUACGAAUCAGCAGAGAAGGCCAUCACCAUCGCCGGUUGAGAAUGCGUCACGAUCAAGCAGUAGCACAAAGAAGCUGAGCGCGCUGGAGCAGAUGAGUCGAGAGAACAUUGGAUGGCGCAAUGCAGACGCCAAUCAUGAGAUGAGGAGUUGGAACUGA